GAAAACAAUUCUGUCUGUGGUUGUGCAUCAAAAUGUGUUUUUUAGUCUGAUGUAAAUGUAAUCAAUAAAAAAUAAAUUAAAAUUAUUCCAAAAACGAGUAAUGUAAGUGUAAACGAAAAUAAAAUGUGGCUUUUUAUAGUGCUGACCCUAGUAUUGUCACAAAGCCAAAAGGCGGGUACCACAAAUCAUUAUGCACUAAAAGAUGAUGGUAUCAUCAAAAGGCGCCUCGACUCCCCCUUUCAUUUAAGACAGCCGGAUAAUCUUUAUAGUUUUAUAGAACAAAUACGUUACACGGAAAGUGCCGAAGAGGCGUUUCGAAAAAUGCAACGUAAACGCAGUACAUUAGAUGAUCAUAUUGUCAUAACAGACCAGUUGUUGCAGAUCAUAUUGGAACGUUCCAAAUGUGUGAGAAUGUAUGUGAAAAUGACGGGUUUAAGUGAUUAUUUGCGUACUACGGGGGCGUCCAUGAAAAGGCUGAAAUUUCCCGAAAAACUGGAAACAAGAAAGGAGUCGAAGGGAGUGGAUCCCAUUUGCCGGGAUUAUGCUGAACUGCAGACGUCACGUGAUAAAUAUGCUCACUUGAAAAGUUUCAAAGCAGAUACUUUAAAAACGUUGAGUAUAGAACGUGAAGAGAAUCUAUUAAAACAAGAAGUGGGUUUGAAAGAUGCCGAAAGUGUUACCGAGACCAUACACGAGAUUUCGGUUAAAGGUCUGGCUAAUAAUCCCACUUCAUGGAAAUUCCAUAUGCUGGGUUCCUACUAUUGGCGUUUAACGGGUCAUGCCAAAAAUGCCCUAGACUGUGCUCGUCUCUCGGUAAUGCUGGCUCCUGAAGAGAGUAAAGAUAUUCCGCUACUUAGUUUAGGCACAAUUUUGGUAAGGGCUAAGCUGUGGGAUGAUGCAGAGACAAUUUUGAAUGAGGCUAUUAAAUAUGGUCCGAAACAUGGUGAAAAUUACAUAGCUUUAGCUACACUACUGGCUUUAAAGCAUGACUUUAAAAGGGCCAGAGAAAAUUUUCACAUGGCCGAAAAACUGGAUGUGUCCAUGUUUAAUAAUUCUUUAAAAAUGCGUCAAUACAUUGAAUGUUUGGAGCCAUUGGAUACAGAUGCUACUAAAUUAUUCGGUUUUGUUAAAUACAUGCUAAGAGAAAUCAAAGAGGUCAGUAAAUUAAGGCAGGAGAUUUCACAAUACCAGAAUAAGAUUAUACAACAGCAGACACCUUUGGCUUCACGCUUUACCGACAAUGAUCCUCAAUUGAAAGCCGAUCUUUUGAAACGUUUUCAAUAUUGCAGCACACGCAAGUCUACGGAAAAUCAAGAGCCGGUAUUAUUUUGUGAUUUUUAUUCUGAUUUGCAAAUGCAAUUGGAAAGUAAACAAUUCGAUGCUGAACUGCUGGAUUGGCAGGUGAAUCGUUACAUUAGUCAUUUGUUUGAAAAGUUUCCAUUUGAGUAUAAAAAACAAUUGGAAAUACUUUAUAAUAAUGUUAAGGCCGUGUCGCCCACAAAACUGGGAGUUUAUAGCAUGUAGUUUAAGGGAUACUUUUAAUUUUAAAUGAAAAAUUAUUAAGAUUUAAAGUAUAUAUUUAGUUCUUUAGUUAAAGUUUAUAUUAUCUUUAGAUAAGGUUUAAAAGGCCUGUUAGUCAAUUAAUCUAUAAUUAGCAGGUUAAGCGGAAAGGUCUGAUAUUAAAUAAACCAUUAAAAUUUGGAAACAAGUUACAAAAUAAAUUUAGAAACAUUACUGCAUGAAAAUGGUAAUAUUAGCAUUUAAACCAGCUAAUGUUUUAAAAUUAAAAGCAAAGCUUAAGUUCAACACUAAACGUUUUUUUUUUUUUAAUUUUAAGAUUUGUGAUAUCAUAUCACUGAUAUGUUUCUUUCGGCUUAAGAGUGAGAAGUUAUAAAUGUGUUUUAUAAAAUGUAUAUAAUUUAAUAAUUCUGUAGCUCUCUAAAUAUAUUAUAAUAAUAAACUAAUAAAAAACAAUAAUAAAA